GACAGCUCAUUUUUCUCCAGAACUCAGGAGAGACCACACUUUGAAUGUUGCUCCAUCAGUCACUUCGCUGACAAAACAAUUACAAGAUAUACUUUGGUAAAUGAUCGGUGAGUCAGCAGCGGGGGCAGGAGACUAUCAGUCACACAAGCUGUGAUUCAGGGUGGAAGACAAGCUGCUCCGUUAGAAAACACACCUUUCCACCAACACAUUUAUGGAGGCUGUGUUGAACUGCAAACCAGAGGACCUGGAGGAUUACUACGGGUUACUGGGCUGCGAUGAGCUGUCCUCGACUGAGCAGAUUCUCAAUGAAUACAAGAUCCGAGCCUUGGCUUGCCACCCAGACAAACAUCUAGACAACCCGAGAGCAGUGGCAGAUUUCCAAAAACUACAAGAGGCCAAAGAGAUUUUAUGCAAUGAAACCAAAAGGAAAAACUAUGACCUUUGGAAAAGAAGUGGGGUUCUGAUGUCAUUCCAUGACUGGCAAGCCUUGGAAGACUCUGUGAAAACUUCAAUGCACUGGGUUGUGAGAGACAAGAAGGAACCGAUGCUGGAGGCCUCAAAAGCAGAAAAGACCGUCCCUUCCCAAGCAGAAGAUGUUCACUGUGAGCAGGAAGCAGCAGGGGUCUCCUCAAGUGAUUACUGCCAUCGGCGUUUCCGUUGGGCUGCUGACUCUCCAUCCAAUCUCCUGCAGAAGUUUAGAAAUUAUGAAAUCUAAAUAUAUCAACAGCUCAAUUUGAUUAUAUUGUGUUUGUGCCUUCUUCUGCUCACUUGUUCACUUGGGACCCUGCUUACUGUGAUGUCACUGUUUGUGAAUAUGGUCUGGAUGUAAUACCACUCAACUUGCAGGAAACCAUCAACUCUAAAUGUGUCUGUCGCAGAUCUGAUGUUGGGUAUUGAUUCAUGUGAUUAUGUGAGUAAUGUAUGUUGUUAUAUGUCUUGCUGUUGAUUACGUUCAUUCACACACAAAGGAUGAAUAUGUUUAUGCCUAAUGUAAUGUUAAUGUGUAUGUU